GAACAUUGUUGUGCGUGGUCGAUACCGAACUUCGCCUGCGGGUGAGGCGUCUGGCUAGCCAGCCAGGUCAAGCGGUCCCAGCAUCGCCUUGCAUGUGGAAGGACCUCCCAGGAGCGGAUGCCGCUUCCUACCUUCACACAAUUUUGCAGGGGGGGGACACCGGACUUUGGCGUCACUGGCACCAAAGUCCUCCUAUGUUAUGAAGGCCACUGAGGUGCCUUUGGCGGGCGGGCGUUGGCAAUGGGCUGGGAUAGUCAACGGCACUCUCCUUCUCUUGACGGCACGUCUGGAACUCUGUGGUUAUGACUAUCACGGGGGACAGCUAAUGGAAGUGCCGAUCCUCGGCACUCGUGCAUUGGCGAAGGCAUUACGGAGAAUGGGGAGCGUCCGCGGGGGCAUGCUUGACAAUGAUCCCACAAACCCGGCGGUGCUCUACCUUAUGUUGGACUUCCACUUGACAGCCACUUGCACGCAAGUCAGAAACGCACACAAAAACGACAGUGUCUGCCAAAGCAACACCAGGCUUUUUCGCUGCACCGUCGUCAGAAGCAUGACAGACGCCAUCAUACGAGACAAAGCGAGGUACUCGAAGUCCAGCGGUCUCGUGGCAGCGACAAAGAACUGGAUCUGCUGUACGCAUCAUGAAGGCGCAUACGGUCUGCAUUUGGUCAAUACACGUUCUAAACGAAUCGUGUCUUUGACUGUGCCGCCCAUGGAAUUUGCACAGAACGCGUUCUUCGUCCAAGACAUGCUGCUGGUGAUGCUGACCAGAUGUUUCGCAAUCUAUGACCUCCAUGACCUCGGCCACCUUGAAGUGCCAAUCCCGGCCCCCCCGGGACCCAAUCUGGGUUAUAUGGAGUUGUUCAAGAUGAACCACAUGAUAUGGAGCAGUAGGUUGUGGGACAACCACCGGUCUACUACCUUCGUCGAUGGCCAUCAGGGACAAACCCAUGUAUGUGUUGGCAUCCUCGCUCGAUCACGACACUGGAUACAAAAUUUCCGGGUUUGCAUUCAUCGGGGCCAGUCGCCCGUAGCCACAUGCAAAUUACAAUGCAUUGUUGAGCUGCCUGCAGGAGGUCGCAUAUCCGGGUUAUGCGUCGGCCAAUCCGGUAUAGAUGCAUUCUUCAUUCAA